AUGGCGCCGACAGCUGAUGAAAGCCCCGCCCCCAGCGGGGGUCGGCAGACAGCGCCCGACGUGAAGGGGCCGGGGCAGAGGACCCCCACCGCUGCCGGGAGCCUGCGAUCAUUCUCUAGAGCCCAGGGCCCAGGCUGCUGCGGCCUGGGUCCCUGGAAGUCGCCUCUCUGGGUGGACACCUCCCAGGGCCUGGCUGGCCCCAGCCCCUCGCUGGCUGGGCGCCCUCAGGCAGGACACGACCUGCAGGGCCCUGGCCGCAUGACUGUCGGCUGGACGGAACAUGGGAGCACCAUCUCCAUCGCUGGCCCCCUGCAGCCGCUCCUCUCCGGCUCUGUGCUCAUCUGGGCCAAGGCUUUGUUGCUGACCGGGCUGGAGCUUACAAGCACGACAGGUCCUGGGAGUUCAUUAGCAUGGAAGUCUCCAUCCAGCUAUCUGCACGAGCUGCCCGGAGCUGGGCCGGCAUCCCAGCGAGAGACGGGGCGGGACCCUGGUCUGCAGCAGGACCGAGGUCAGCAGGGGCGCGCGCCGCCUGGCGGCGACUGCCGACCACCGGACGUCCUGUGCAAAGGCCCGGAGGCGACCUGCCCGGAGAGCAGCACCUGGGUGCUGAGGCGCGGCGUAGGGGCCGCUGGGCGGAGGGCCCGCUGGGGGCCUGGGAAAGGGUUUGGCAGAUUCUCCAGAGAGAGGGUCAUCUACCCGUCCCCGGUGGCAACUGGUGCCCGCUUGGCGUCGGAGGCUGCAGCCAGCGUCCCCUCGGGGCCCUCCGCGGUUGACCCCGAUAAAGCCAGGCAGAGAGCGGUCCGCGCCAGCGCCCCCAGCCCCGCCCGGCGGCGGGACGUGCCAGGCCCCAGCGCCUCCACCUUGGCCUCCGCUCGCUGCUGCUGCUGCUGGACCCCGGCUCCGGGCCGGGCCGUGUGCGCCUUCCCCGGCGUGCGCUCCGUCCGCGAGAGCCGGAGGCCUCCGCUCCCCGCGCCCCCGCCCGCUCCCCGCUCCCUAUCCCCCUCCCCCGCCGCCGGCCUUGGGGGCCCAGGAGUGCUCCACGGGCAGUGGCUGUUUGGUGGUCAUUCCCCAGCGAUUGGACUGUCCCCCACGUCCUCUGUGGGAAUGCUGCCCGUUUUCCCACAUGUCUGCACAUCCGCUCUUCCACUUCCUGCUGGGAAAAGCUGGACAGACAAAAGGAUCCCUAACUGUAAGAUCUUUGUAAAUAAUUCCUUUGCUCUGGACUCAACGUGGGUGUAUCCUGAGGAAUCGAGGUUGUUUCACGGGCACCAAAAGCCUCAGCUAUGGACAAACCAAGUGGCCAUGUCUCUGUCCAGACCAGCCCCUGCCUCCAGGCCUCUGCCCGCAGUGGUGUUAGCGCCUCAGCCCCCACCAGGUGGCUCUCACAGCAGCCUUAAGCCCGUGGGCAGCGGCCCCGCCGUGGCCAUCGCGGCCGCCGCCACAGCCGUGGUCUCCGUGGACCCCGAGGGGCUCGGGGGCCCGCCCCCCUCCAGGACGCAGCCCUGCCACUUCCUGACCCUGGCGCCCAUCAGGAUCCCCUUGCGGACCACACCCUUCCCCGACAAAAGCAGAGAGCGCAGCCGGGCGCCCUGCCCCCCAGCCCUGGUGCUGCACGCAGAGAGGAAGAGGCCGGCGGGGGAUGGAGAGGACAAGGAGCCGCCGUCGAUCCUGGUGACCAGCGAGGACAGUGAACCCAAAGGCACAAGGCCCGUGGCAUCCACCCCGGUGCCGGGAUCCCCCUGGUGUGUGGUCUGGACGGGAGAUGACCGAGUUUUCUUCUUCAACCCGACUAUGCAGUUGUCCGUCUGGGAGAAGCCGAUGGACUUGAGGAACCGCGGGGACCUCAACAGGAUCAUCGAAGACCCUCCCCACAAGCGCAAGCUGGAGGCAGCAGCAACCGAGCCCAGCGAUGGAUCAAGUUCUGAAGAUGGCAGGGAAGACCCAGACGUGAAAACCAAGAGGAAUCGGACGGAAGGCCACGUGAGUCCCAGGCCCCAGGAGGUGGAGAGACAGGACGGGGGCACCAAGACACCCCCGCCCCAGAUCCUUCUGCCACUGGAGGAGCGAGCGACCCACUUCCGAGACAUGCUUCUGGAGAGAGGGGUGUCAGCGUUUUCUACCUGGGAGAAAGAAUUACAUAAAAUUGUGUUUGAUCCACGCUAUCUCCUGCUGAACUCGGAGGAGCGGAAACAGAUAUUUGAACAGUUUGUCAAGACAAGAAUAAAAGAAGAAUACAAGGAGAAGAAAAGCAAAUUGCUGCUAGCCAAAGAAGAAUUCAAAAAGCUUCUAGAGGAAUCUAAAGUGUCACCCAGAACCACAUUUAAGGAGUUUGCUGAGAAGUACGGCCGGGAUCAGAGGUUUCGACUCGUCCAAAAGCGGAAGGACCAGGAACAUUUUUUCAACCAGUUCAUCCUUAUUCUCAAGAAGCGGGACAAGGAAAACAGACUCAGGCUCCGGAAGAUGAGAUGAGAGUGUGAGGACGCGAUCAGGCUGAGCGUCCGAGCGUCCAGGGAGGAGGUGGAGGCGGCUUGGGGGUGGCCCCGCCCGCCUGGGUUGGGAGCCCACGGGCCAUGGGCUUCGGUCUCCCAGGAUUACUGUUUCAUAUUGAAGCUCCCUUUGGUACAGCCUUCCGAGUUUGAUGCAUUUCUUAUUGCCAUAUGUCACUCCCUUAAUUGUUUUACUUACGCAGAUUACUUGUAAUAUAGACAAAUUCUAAGUCUGCCGCAGGUUUGCACCUCAGCAGAAAGAGGCACUGACUCUGACCCCCUCAAGGCGUUUUCAUCACUCGAGCCAAUUAUCCGAAAAUUUUCUGGAAACCUUUGUGAGUUCCUUCCAUCCCUCAGGAGUUCCAUGGUGUUGGGGCAUCCUGACUCGGGUCCCAGGUCUCGGUCUAGUUUCCUGAGUAGUAGCAUAGGUUGUUCAUCAUUGCAGUAACACCUGUGACCAUCAGACACACGGACCACGGACCACCUACAGUUCGAAGGGUGACCGCCCACCCUGUCCCUCGGGGAGUGUUGGGCCUGGAGAAGGGGGCUGCGCUGUCUGUGGGAGGUCCUCCUUAAAAAAGAAUUAUUUUGUACAAAAUCAUCUUAUGGAUAUUUGAGUUAUUUUUCUUGUAUGCCCAGAGUUUGCAUGAGAUUUUUCUCACCAUCUUUGUAUAAAAAAAUUUUUAAUUUUUUUGAAUUAAUAAAUAUUUUAAACCAGUGUA